UGCUUCAACUUGUGUGUGUUUGUAGAGCGCGCCGUUUUAACGACAUUUCAACUUCUCUCGAACCGCAAAACAAACUUUUUACUUUACGAGCGCAACGUUCAUUGAUCAAAACAACAAGAAUAACAACAACUAAAUAGAAUAGAACAAUAUAUAUAGAAUACAAUGGCUUCUAUUCAAGAACAAAUUAACAAGGCUCGUCAAGAAGCCCAAUCUUUGCAAGAUCAAAUCAAGAAGAGUAUGGAAGGUGGUAAUGAUGCUAAACUCAACAAACUUGAUGUUCCAGCUGUUGGCCCAUAUAAAUUCAAAGUUAGAAAUACUCUUCGUGGACAUUUGGGUAAAGUUUACAGCUGUGCUUGGAGUCCAGUUCCAGAUAGCAAAUUGUUGGUUUCUGCCUCUCAAGAUGGUAAACUUAUUAUAUGGAACGCAUUGACAACAUUCAAACAACAUGCUAUUACUCUCCGUACUAACUGGGUUAUGACUUGUUCAUACUCAAAUUCUGGUCAAUAUGUUGCUUCUGGUGGUUUGGACAAUAUUGUUUCCAUCUUUAACAUUAACCAAUUGACUGAUGCUUCUGAUAGUACUCAACCAACAACACCUCACCGUGAAUUGAGUCAACACACUGGUUAUAUCAGUGCUUGUAAAUUCAUUUCAAAUGAUAAGCAAAUCUUGUCAAGUUCUGGUGAUAUGACUUGUAUUUGUUGGGAUAUUGAAAUGGGUCGUCCAAUCAAGACUUUCCAAUCACACACUGGUGACUGUAUGUCUGUCUCUGUUUCUCCUGAUGAAUCUCAAUUCGUUUCUGGUGGUUGUGAUGCCUAUGCCAAGUUGUGGGAUAUUAGAUCGGGGAAGUGUGUUGCUACCUUUGGUGGUCACGACUCUGAUGUCAACUGUGUUCAAUUCUUCCCUAAUGGUUUGUCAUUUGCCACUGCUUCUGAUGAUAACACUUGUAGACUCUUUGAUAUUCGUGCCAGCAGAGAAUUGAUGGAUUAUAAGGAUGAUUCCAUCAGAGAAGGUGCUACUUCCAUUUCAUUCAGUAAGUCUGGACGUUUGAUGUAUGCUGCCUACGAUGAAAAAUCUGUUGUUGUGUGGGAUACUUUGAAGGGAAAGAUUGUUCAAAAUUUGACAAGCGAACAAAAUGGUCCAGAAGGAAGAGUUGCCUGUCUCGCUGUUAGUCCUGAUGGUAAUGCUUUAGCUACUGCCUCUUGGGACUUUAACUUGCAAGUUUGGGCUUAAAUUAUUGUAGUUUUUACACAAUAAUUCUCUCUUAUUCUCUCAUUCUCCUCCUGCCACCCAAUGUUUGUUCGCACAACCACAAACAUCAUCACCAUCAACUCAUUCACAUCAUCAUCAUGUACACUUUCUAAGUUUGUAAACUUACACACACAAUAAAUCUAAAAUUAUUU